AUGUGGCCAGGGAUUGAAUUGUGUGGCUUUGGGCCGAACGUCUCUGCCUCUGCUGCGGUGCCUCAUAAAGCGCACGGAAGAGCUCCUCCCGUUCUUCUCCUUCCCCCUUUUGACUCUGCAGCUCAACUCGCUCACUCGCCUCCUCCAGAUCAACUCUCGCGUGCUGCUGCAGCAGCAAGUGCAGCAGCGCCAUCGCGAGCGGCAGCACAGGACUUUGCAGCGCGAGCCUCAGCAGGUGCAAGAAGCAGAAUCGCAGAUCAACAUGCACAAUCUUUCGCAGCUCUGGACGUUGCCGCCGCAGCAGCAGCGGCCAGCAGCACUGCAUCCAGGGCUCGCCUUCGCGAUCUUCUUCACGACCAUAUUCUUGCUGCCCAGGAGGCUUAUGACGCCUCGCUCAAACAGUACAUGCGGCCUCAAGAUGGCGCAGCGGAGAAACCGGAGAAGCAGCGAUCCUUUCCCCUGAGCGAGGUAACUGCACCCUCUCCGCAGGGCGACGCUGAAGAAAGGCAUCCUCGAGACACAUACCCGAACCUUCCUCCGGUGAAGCCGCACGAGCUGAAGAAUGUUGUGAAUGCACUCAAUUCGUUUGCACGGCUCGCGCACUUGGGGUUCGUGUCGCUCCGGGACGUUUCCUCUGAAGCGUCCGCGGCUGCUGCAGUUGCCGCCGCAGCAGCUGCGGCCGCAGCAGAUCAGAUGGUCCCCACCAUAGACGCUGCUGCAUGCACCUACGGCAGCUCCGAGCAACAACACGCACAGCGGCAGCAACACGGCGCUGAAGCAGCGACAGCAGAAGCAGCAGCAGCAGCUUCUGGGGAGAAGGAUGAGCUACAGCGGUGGCAGACCAGCAGGGCACGCCUCAGCAGCGUGGUGGAGUGUACUGGCAGUUUCCGCAUGCGGGGCGUUGAGAUGGGCCCUGCAGAUCGGCGUAGCAGCAGCAGCAUCUACGGGCUGUUUCACAGGGCAAUACUGCUUUUGGUGCAGGAGCAGCACCACCUUGAUCCGCAGUCACUUAGCAACGCCGUCAAUGCCUUCGCAAAAGCCAGGCUCCAAGGGCACGCGCGCUAUGUCGCGCAGCUUAUCCCCCGCAUGAUAGAAGUGGCCCCAGGCUUCAACUGGCAGCAUGUCAGCAUGACCCUCAAUGGACUUGCCUGUGGGCUUCUUUAGCGGUGGCCUGUACAGACAAAUGGUUGUAGCCUGAUGUGCAUACGCCUCAGGAAAAUCGCUGCCUCUAACUGGGUGCCUGCACAGCUUCCAGAACUGACAACUCAGGGACUCACGAACAUCCUCUUCUCACUGGUGGUCCUAGACUGCGUGUACGAGUGCAGCUUUCCACUUAUGCAGCAGCAGCAGGGCAUCUGGCAGCAACUGCUGCAGGCUGCAUGCAGGCGCAAGGAUUUAAAGCUCGAGGCAAUGACGAUGCUGAAGGUGUCUGCGAUGUCUGUUUUCGGAGUGUACGGGGACCCUGCGGCGGCCGCAGCGGUGGCAGCAGCAGAAGCAGCAGCGGCAGCAGCCCUACAACCAAACAGCACCAGCAAGGGACGCAACGUCUAUAACCGUCUGUACGACAGCAACGGAAACUUUUUGCUGCAUGCCCUGCAGCAACAGCAAAGGCAUCUUGAGCGCCAGGGGGGUCAUCGUGGUCGCACUUCCAUCGCGAAGCACGUCAUGCAGCUGAACGGAGCAGCAGUGCCGGCAGCCAUCGCCGCACUGCUAACGACGAGAACUUUGAUGUUCUAUCCAGGAAAACCUUCAGGCAUGCACCUGCAAGUUGCGGCUACGCUGAGGAGCAUGGGACUGCACGCACAGCAUGAGGUUAUUCUGGGCGCCUGUGCCGGCGCGUGA